GCCGUGUCACUUGUCCAGCCGUUCUAUUGAAGUUAUCGUCCAAGCUCUUCCCCUCCUCCCUUCCCCCAAAUGCAAUUGAACGGGACUUUCGACGUGAAGUUAGGGAAGAGUUUUUUAGACCCAGAUGCUGCCACUUUCAUGACAAUGCGCUGUGACUUCAUGCCCGCUUCAGUCGAUCGGUCACAACCGGGUUCGAUCAGAGUAGAUGAAGGCAAGGAAGUUGUGGUUAACUUGCCUAAUGUGGCAUCCAUUGGUCCCGGAUCGACCUGCUUUCGUGGAAGCGCUAGGCCAGUUCAGAAAGAAUGCAUUUUAAUCUACAACAAACGGACCGGUGAGUUGACUUUGGAGCGAGUUGCCCACGCGGUCCAGUUGAAGAAGACACGUGAAGAACGGAAACCUACACCAUGCUUGGUGAACACUGCUUCGACAUCCAACUCUGAAACCCAGUCGGAUAGCGCUCGUCGACCACUUGUACCCGGGGACAUGGGAGCUGGACGGGACAAGGCGGGCCCCACAACCUCACCACCAAAGCGCAAACUUACAGAAAACACAGCUCCCCCAGUCGUCUCCACCAGCAAACCUGUCGCUAACACUUCGGCUAAAACAAGGACCCUUAGCAGUAGCAGCAGUAGUAGUGGAAGCCUUAGUGCCAGUGAAAGCAGCGACAGCGACACAAGCAACGGAGAGUUGAGUGAUGAUGCAAGCGAUGCAGAAACGCAGUCUCAAUCCAGCAACUUGAGUAGCCUGUCCGAGUCCAACAACACACCGCCUCGAAAACCGGCACAAUCUCAGGCGGGCCAACGCUCUGCCAAACCGUCUGUAGUCACUGGAGCCAAAACGAGCACAAACUCACCAGUAUCAAACUAUCUUCCAGCGCACCGUAAACUUAUCGAACAUGACUUGAAGCUAAGUGAUACCGAUUCGGAAGAUAGUUCUUGAACUGAUCGUUCCGUCCCGGCCUCAAACUGUUUAUUCCUCUUUUGCUUGCUACAUCGCUCCAUACACUCUCUUAUCCUAGCCGGCUGAACGUAUCAUUUCAAGUUCCUGAUUGGCUCGUUUUUUUGUGUGUAUAUAACCUCGCGAAUUUUGCCCCACCUAGCCGCAAAUUCCGAAACUUAUUGCCGGUCAUCCGUCUUUUGUUCACCGUGUGCUUUCAACCUAACCGUGAUUGUUAGAUGUAUUUUUAUUGAAAAUUAUGGAAUUUCACGUUUUCCC